CAUAUGAUCGUCCCACUGUCGGUUGAACGGUCAGCACUGGUGUUCACUUGUACUUCGUAGGCGUUGACUUCUUCCAUACACUUUGUACUCGUGUUUUUAGUCUUUACAAAGCUGUUAGCUGGUCCUUCUCAUACCCUUUAGCGUCAAAUAAAUCAAGUCACCAUGGCUCUGAGCAAUGCGGACGUUCAGAAACAGAUCAAGCAUAUGAUGGCCUUCAUAGAGCAGGAGGCCAACGAAAAAGCUGAGGAAAUUGACGCUAAGGCGGAGGAAGAAUUCAAUAUCGAAAAGGGUCGUCUGGUCCAGCAACAACGACUUAAAAUUAUGGAAUUUUUUGAAAAGAAGGAGAAGCAGGUCGAGCUUCAGAAAAAAAUCCAAUCUUCUAAUAUGCUCAAUCAAGCUCGUCUGAAGGUCCUGAAGGUGCGUGAAGAUCAUGUUCGCAAUGUGCUUGAUGAAGCUAGGAAAAGAUUAGGUGAAGUGACUCGUGAUUCAUCUCGCUACGGACAAGUUCUCAAAUCGUUGGUCAUCCAGAGUCUGUAUCAGUUAAUGGAAGCAAACAUCUUGGUUCGAGUUCGCCAAGCUGAUGUUGGCCUCACAGAAUCGAUCAUUGAUUCCAUUCAAGAUACGUACAAAGAUGUAUCCGGCAAAGAUACUAUCAUUAAGGUAGACAAGGAUAACUUCUUACCUGCUGACAGCUGUGGAGGAGUUGAGUUGAUCGCUGGUAGAGGACGCAUAAAGAUCAGUAACACCUUGGAAUCGAGGCUAGAGCUUAUUGCUCAGCAAUUAGUGCCAGAGGUUCGUUCGGCUCUAUUCGGGCGCAAUCCCAAUCGCAAAUUUACCGACUAGGUGCCCAUCACUCAGCCCACAUCUGUGUCUCUACAAAACAUUCCCUUUUUCGCAACUAACAACUAUUAAAAUGUACAGUAUAAUAUGUGGAAUCCGUAUAUGACAAUACUUCCGCUUGAAUCAAGAAUGUAUCACGUUGAAAAAAAAUACAAGUUCAGUAGUUUAGUAAACAAACAA